CUCCAGGCAGGCACAACAGUCCCCCUGCCAGUCCCCUGACUAGCAGCCCUCAGCCUCAGCUUGGGCACCUUGGCCCUGACUGCUCCAGGCUCCUUUUGCUGAAGUGCCCAGAGAAAAACUGACAGACUUGGCUGCAAGGGAACCAGGAUUCUUCCAGGAGAGUGUGCUUGGAGCCACCUUCAAGAGGGCAAUCCAGGUGCCCUUGCAUAAGUCUUGCUUCUUGGUACUCCAAAGUACCAUCGCCAUGGCAUCAGUGCCCUCAGCUGGCUGCCUUGUGGCCAAGAACCAAUACUACCGAACACGUCUAAAUUCUGACUCCAGUGUUUCUUCAAGCAGUUCAUCUUGCUGUUCUGAACCUGUGACCUUCUCAGACCAAGAAAAACACUUCCAUGGUUUACCUGAAGUAUUUGAAAAAUGUUGGUGGAUAAAAAGCUUUUUCCACUGUGAGUCUGCACCUCAGAAUGUAGGCAGGAAAGCCUUAUCAGCCAGCAGUGCAAACAGCUGACUUCAACAUCAAGCUGAAUGUUUUUAUAUGACUUCACAAACAGAGACAUUUCUUGAAAUGCAUUUCCCCAUGUGAAGAAAGCACACUGCUUGAAAUUUCAGUUGCAAGAGAAGGAGCUAUCCACAGCUUAUUUAUAAGGCAAUCAUCAUUUCAACUUACUAUGCCUGAUGCAGAGUUCUUGAUAGUGAACAGGUGUAUUCAGUUUCAUAAUGACUCUUACAUAUUAUUGGAAGAAAUAGAAAUGAAAACUCUUGUUGUGUCUUCUAAUUACCUAGGGUUUCCUUUGCUAAACUGAGAAGCUUCUGUAGGUGGGUCAAAUGAUUCAAGGUUAUUCCAUCUUAAUGCCAAGCAUAGUGUUUCUUUCUUUAACUAUAAAUGAGGCGCUUUACAGACUGCCCAAAAGGACGGUCUGAAAAGCGUCUUCAUUUGCUGCGUGGAGGAGCCUCAUUAGCCAAACCGCGCAGCUCCUCCGCACAGCAAAAAGAAGCUGCAAAAUGCAGCUUCUUCUUGCGGUGUGCUAAUGAUGCCGCAAGGUGCCAAUGGUGCACUAGCAGCAUCAUUAGUGCCGUGCAACGUGUGGACGCUAGGCGUCCGCGACGUCAAGAUGGUAGCGCCCGUGUAGAACGGGCACCGCCAUUUUGUACGUGCUGAGCGUGUACUAGGGUUAGGGGCAUCCGGAAAGGACGCCCCUUUCUAACCCUAGUACGUACUGAAUGGGCCUAUGUUUUGUUAGAAGUGCUGUUUCCAUGCUUGGGAUUUAAAUUAACUUUGUUAACAAAUGUCAAACACAUGUUUAUAACUACUGUUUAUUAAAGUUGGGAAGGAAACUUGUUAAAGCUUGAUUUAACAAAGGCUGUAAGUUUGUUUUUAAAGAAAGAAAUUGCACAUACUCGCAUGGAUUAUAUGGAAGGAGUAGCUUUGAUUUCUAUGUACCAACUUCAAAAAAUAUGUAAACCUAAUCCUACCACAUGAUGAAUACCACAUACCGUAUGUAAAUUUAGGAUUACCAUAUGAUGUGGCUGCUAUUCAGACCUGCACUACGUAACAUCUUUGUGCUGUAACUAUUUUUGUUGUUAUAGUUGACAUGAUUUUAUUUUUCUUGUAUACUUUAAAAACAUUGGCCACAUAACAUUUUGUAUUGCCAUGUAACCUCCUUAAGUUGCAAUAUGCUUGUUAUUUCCAUUAUUCUACUGACCAUGCCUAGAUGUAUGAUUAUUUGAAACAGAAAAAAAUAGUGGGGGAAAUGUAUGUAGGGCAGGUAAAAUAGUACAAGAUAGAUACCUAUAAAUAGAGAAAAUCGGUUUUAAUUUGUGGAUUUGCCUUACUUCACUUUGUUCAUCCUUCUCUGUGUAACCAUUUUGUAUUGUGCUAUCAGAGCAAUUUCUUAAUGUACAGAAUUAACUAUUUUUUUUACUAAGUUUUGUAUUAAUAAAGCUUAAUAAAUAUG